GCGAGAGGGGGCCGGGCAGCUGCAGGGAAGGCGGAGUCCGAGGGGAAAACGAAACUGAGAGCCAGCUCUCCCGAAGUCGCGGGUCUCCGGCCGGCGGCGGCGGCGGCGCAGUUUCUGGAGCAAAUUCAGUUUGCCUUCCGGAUUUAUAAAUUGUAAUGACCUCAAAGCUUUAACAGUUCUUCCAUCUGACUCAGAUUUCCUUCUCUGGCGGUCUUCAGAAUUGACAUCCACACUUCUGUGAUUAUCUGCUUGCAUUUUGGACACAGCUUCUAACCAGGAUACUGGAAGAAAUGGCUGGUGAUCUUGCACCAGGUUUCUACAUGGAGGAACUUAAUAAAUACCGUCAGAAGCAGGGAGUAACAUUUAGCUAUCAAGAACUGCCUAAUACAGGACCUCCACAUGAUAGGAGGUUUACAUUUCGAGUUGUAACAGAUAGAAGAGAAUUUCCAGAAGCUGAAGGUAGAUCAAAGAAGGAAGCAAAAAAUGCUGCAGCCAAAUUAGCUGUUGAUAUACUUAAUAAGGAAAGCAAGGUAGUUAGUCCUUUUUCAUUGACAACAACCAGUUCUUCGGAAGGAUUAUCCAUUGGGAACUACAUAGGUGUUGUCAAUAGAAUUGCCCAGAAGAAAAGACUAACUGUAAAUUAUAAACAAUGUACAUCGGGGGUGCAUGGGCCAGAAGGAUUUCAUUAUAAAUGCAAAAUUGGAGAGAAAGAAUAUAGUAUUGGUACAGGUUCUACUAAACAGGAAGCAAAACAAUUGGCCGCUAAACUUGCAUUGCUUGAGAUAUCAGAAGAAACCUCAGUGAAACCUGACUCCAUGUCCUCUGGUUCUUUUGCUGCUACGUGUGACUCCCAAAGCAACCCUUUAGUGAACAACUCACUUGCUUCUGAAUCAUCAUCUGAAAAUGACGUCUCAGCAGAUACAUCAGAGAUAAAUUCUAACAGUGGCAGUUUAAACAAGUCUUCAUUGUUUACGAAUGGUCUCAGAAAUAACCAAAGGAAGGCAAAAAGAUCUUUGGCACCUACAUUUGACCCUCCUGACAUGAAAGGACCAAAGUAUACUGAGGAUGCAAGGUUUGGCACAGAUUUUGAAGAAAUAGAAUUCAUUAGCGUGGGUGGAUUUGGCCAAGUUUUCAAAGCAAAACACAGAAUUGACGGAAAGACUUACGUUAUUAAACGUGUUAAAUAUAAUAGCAAGAAGGCAGAGCGUGAAGUAAAAGCAUUGGCAGAACUUGAUCAUGUAAAUAUUGUACACUACAAUGGCUGUUGGGAUGGACUUGAUUAUGAUCCUGAGAUCAGUGCUUAUGAUCCUGAGAGCCCUGAUUUUGAUCCUGAGAACAAAAAAAAUAGUUUAAGAUCAAAGACUAAGUGCCUUUUCAUCCAAAUGGAAUUCUGUGAAAAAGGGACAUUGGAGGAAUGGAUUGAAGAUAGAAAAGGCAAGAAACUAGACAAAGUUUUGGCUUUGGAACUCUUUGAACAAAUAACAAAAGGGUUGGAUUAUAUACAUUCAAAAAAUAUAAUUCAUAGAGAUCUUAAGCCAAGUAAUAUAUUCUUAGUAGAUACAAAACAAAUAAAGAUUGGAGACUUUGGACUUGCAACAUCUCUGAAAAAUGAUGGAAAGCGAACAAGGAAUACGGGAACUUUGCGAUACAUGAGCCCAGAACAGAUUUCUUUGCAAGACUAUGGAAAGGAAGUGGACCUCUACGCUUUGGGGCUAAUUCUUGCUGAACUUCUUCAUGUAUGUGACACUGCUUCCGAAACAUCAAAGUUUUUCAAAGACCUACGGGAUGGCACCAUCUCAGAUGUGUUUGAUAAAAGAGAAAAAACUCUUCUAGAGAAAUUACUCUCAAAGAAACCUGAGGACCGACCUAACACAUCUGAAAUACUAAGCACCUUGACUACGUGGAAGAAAAACCCAGAGAAAAAGGAACGACAUACAUGUUAGAGCCCUUCUGAAAAAGUAUCCUGCUUCUGAUAUGCAAUUUUCCUUAGAUUAUCUAAAAUCUGCUAGGGAAUAUCAAUAGAUAUUUACCUUUUAAUGUUUCCUUUAAUUUUUUUACUAUUUUUACUAAUCUUUCUGCAGAAACAGAAAGGUUUUCUUCUUUUUGCUUCAAAAAUAUUCUUACAUUUUACUUUUUCCUGGCUCAUCUCUUCAUUCUUUUUUUGUUUUUUAAAGACAGAGUCUCGUCUGUUGCCCAGGCUGGAAUGCAAUGAUCCAAUCUCGGCUCACUGCAACUUCUGCCUCUUGGGUUCAAGUGAUUGCCUCAGCCUCCUGAGUAGCUGGAUUACAGGCAUGUGCCACCCACCCAACUAAUUUUUAUAUUUUUAAUAGAGACAGGGUUUCACCAUGUUGGCCAGGCUGGUCUCAAACUCCUGACCUCAAGUAAUCCACCUGCCUCAGCCUCCCUAAGUGCUGGGAUUACAGGCAUGAGCCACCGCGCCCAGCCUCAUCUCUUUGUUCUAAAGAUGGAAAAAACGCCCCCAAAUUUUCUUUUUAUGCUAUUAAUGAAUCAAUCAACUCAUACCUAUUUAUUAAAUUUCUACUGCUUUUAGGCCAAAAAAAAUAAGGUCGUUCUCUGCCUCACAUAGCUUAUAAGCCAGUCGGAGAAAUAUGGUACUCAUAAACAAAAACAAAAAAAAGUGAUGUACAACCACUUUGGAAAAACAAUUUGGCAUUAUCUAGUAAAGUUGAAUCCAUGUAUACCCAUAAAACGGUCAGUUCUGUUCCUACAUACAUGCUUACAAGAAUGUCCAUAAAACCCUGUUUAUAAUAGCCAGAAGAACAGGGAACAACCAUAAUGCCCAUCAAAAGAAGAAUGGAUUAAAAAAAUUUAUAUUCACACACAGGAGUACUAUAUAGUAUUGAAAACAAUUGAAUUACAGCUAAAUGUAAUAACGUAACACAAUAUAACUCUCGGGAACAUAAUGUUAAGCGAACAAAGCAGGUUUUCAGAAAAUAUAUGCAGAAUAAUUCCAUUUAUAUAAAGUUCCAGAGCAUGCAAAACUAAAUCAUUUUCUAUACGAAACCCAACAAAUGUGAUGAGACAACAAUGGGAAGGAAGGGAAUGAGAAAUACUUAAUUCUGGAUGGUGGUUAUCUUUCAGGGCAGGGAAUUAUGUGAUUGGGGAAAUGGACUUUCAAAGGUAAUGGUAACUUCCUUAAACUGGAUGGUAGGUCCACUAGUGUUUGCUGCAUAGUUUUACAUUUUAUCUUAAAUACAUUUUGUAUCUAUUUUAUCACCCGCUUUAAAGACAACUGUGCUGUAAGGCAGUGGCUAAAAACAGAAAAUAGUCCAUCGCGAAGGGUGAGAUGGCUUUCUACUGAGCACAGGGCUAGAAGUGACAGCCCAGUGGGCCUUCCAAGUAUAUGCCAGGGUGUUAGAUGAGUAGAGAGGAGACCACCCAGGAAGUCUGGACAAGGGGCCUGGCAUGAGCUCUGGAGAAGAGAUAUUUGAGGAACACCGGGUACGCUAGUUUGUUGUCCUGAAUUGCUGUAGAGAAUGCUGAAAGAUAAUCUAAAUCGCAUCUUAGAAGACCCUGAAGGUUAAUUUGAACUUAGGGCAAUUGUUGUAGUUUGUUUUCUUAUUGCCAUAAAUGGAUACUUGAGGCUGGAUAAUUUAUAAGGAAAAGAGAUUUCUAUGACUUACGGUUCUGCAGGCUGUACGAGAAACGUGGCACCAGCAUCUGCUUCUGCUCAGGCUGCUUCCACCCAUGGAGGAAGGUGAAGGACAGCGGAUGUGCAGAGAUCAUAUAGCAAGAGAGGCAGCAAGAGAGUGAGGGAGAAGGGCCAGGCUCUUUUUUAACAACCAGCUCUUGAGGGAACAAAUAGAUUGAGAACUCCUUGCUUCCCCUCCCCAGCACACCCCACCCCCAGGAUGGCAUUAAUCUAUUAAUGAGGGAUCUUCCCCCAUGACCCAAACACUUCCCAUCAGGCCCAAACACUUCCCACCUCCAACAUUGGGAUCAAAUUUCGACAUGAGAUUUUGGGGGACAAACAUCCAAACUAUAGCAGCAACCAACUACCAUUCUAAAACUGCCACAUGAGUUUAGGAUUUUAAAAAAGGGCCACAUUUAGGUUAAGCAAAAAGUGAAAAUACAGUAAGAGAAAAUACUUUCAUAAAGGCUUUAGAAAGUGUUCAUAAAAAGCAGUUUAUACAUUUUUCACAUAAGGUUCAUCAAUAGAUGCUAAAACUAUUGGAUGAAGAUCUGUUGUGGAAUAGGAAUCUUCACAAGGAUUUAAAUAUAAUCCUACAGAAGAUAUAUCAAUUAUACAGGGAAAAUGUACCUUUACAAUGGUCACCACAAUAACCAAGUGAUUCAAUUUAGCAGCACCCAAGGUGGAACAUCCUAACAUUAUGCCCCUCCUGAUGUGAUUUAAGAAUUUUACUUAUUUAGUUUUCUUGCACAAAGUGUUAAACUGGAAUUUAAUCAUGAGGAAAUUAUUAGACAAAUCCUGAAUGUAGUCAUUCUAUAAGAUGAUUGACUUGGGCUUCUCAAAAAGUCAGUGUCAUGGAAAAAAAAAAAAAAGAGAGAGAGACUUG